AAAUUGCUUUCUGGAAUAAUCGCCUCAAAAAUUUGUCCUUCAUAUUCGAUCAAUUGCGCGGUGAACGAAUACGCGCUAUGGCUUUAGUGCUGGAAUACACCAAUAGUGCAUAUCAUCCAUGCUUUCAGGGCAUAUUCAAGAAUGUGGUAACAGCGCUGGCCGAAGCGAAAGACAUAACGCUCUAUCUUAACCCAUUGAAGCGUCUUAUACAAAUGCUGGAAGAGAUUGAUUUUGCUGAAUGCAAACCGUUACUUAUACCGUUAAUGUAUGUGAUCUGCACGAUGUGGGGUAAUUCACGUUAUUACAGUAACUCUUCGAAGAUAACGGUGUUGCUGAAACAAAUCUGUAAUCUAAUUAUACACCAGGCCAAGCGUUUUCUCGAUCCCUCUUCCAUAUUCCACAGCGAUAUUGACGAAGCUAUGCAACGACUCACACAAUCCAUACAAAUCUUGAAGUUCUUUCGCGAACUUUUCGAUUACUACAAAGAACAUUUGGCUGAAUUCUUUCCCGAGCCGGAGGAGAGACCACCGAUUCUCUGGACUUUUCAUCCCAAUUCCGUUUUCAAUCGCUUUAAUGCCUUUCUGGAGCGUUUAACAACAAUACAAUGGUUUUUCUUUACGGUGAUUGAAUUCUUGAAAUUAGAGAAAGUUGAGAUCGGUGGCCUACGCGGCCGGCAAUUGAGUACACGCAUCACUGCUGUCUAUGUCGAGUUUAAUCAGUACUUUACCGCAUUCGCAUCCAAGUCCUACGAUGUGCUCGAUCCCGACGAUCAUGAAUUUGACGAGGAUUUCAAGGACUUUCAAACACACAUUUUGGAAUUGGAUAUGAAAUUGGCUGCGAUUUUGUGUCAAGCAUUCGAUGACUGUCACAAUUUGGAGAGCAUGUUCAAGCUUAUAAAUAUUGUGGGCAGCGUAAUCGAUCGUCCAAAAAUUAAGGAGCAAUUUACACAGCGAUAUACAGAAAUUGUACAAAUGCUCGAAGUGGAAAUGACCACCUGUGAGGAUAUAUUCUACAAGCAACUGGAUUUACAGCAAGUGAAUAAAAAUUUAUAUCCCGAUUAUAAUUGUCCACCAGUAGCGGCUUUUAUACGUUGGUGCAAUCAACUGGAAGCGCGCAUUAGUACGCCUGUGAAACAUUUUCAAAAACUACAACACGAUAUCACCAAAUCCGAGAUGGCCCUUGAUAUCUAUACACGCUACGAACGCUUGAUGCGCCGUCUGGGCAUACACAAAACGUGUGCUUUCGAAGAAUGGAGUGAAAAGUUGCCAGAGCAAAUCGAAAUGAAUCUAAAAGUUUCGCUCAUAGCACGCGAUCCCAAUAGCAAUUCGUUGAUUUUAAAUUUCAGUCCAGAGCUCUUUAGUAUUCUGCGUGAGGUGCAUUAUUUGAAGCAAAUGGCUGUGGAGGGUAUACCGGAAAUUGCUUUGGAUUUUGCUGAGAAAAAUGAAACGUUCCGCACUUAUACAUUGAAUUUGGAGAAGACUAUAGACUGGUAUAACACUAUACAGGAAAAUAGUUCUCCGGUUGAAUUGCAGCUGAUCGAAUCGGAAAUAAAACAAAUCGAUGACUUGGUGGUGAUUGGUGUCAACGAAUUGGUAUGGAAUUCAGACGAUAUCACCACAUAUCUAAACAACCUUCGUACUCCCGUCGCGGCAUUGCAAAAUCGCAUGCAUCAUACCCAAAGUAAUCUAAAACAAAUCAGUCAACUCAUGUCUGUUUGGGCAAAACAACCGCUCUUUGAGCGUAGAGAUUCUAAAAAGGAUACCGUGCUUUGCAUUGACGAGCGGCCAGACCGCACAGCAAAACGUUAUGCGGAAAUACGAGCGGCCUCUGUAGAGAUACAUAAAUUGCUUGAGGAUAAUAUGUUACAGUUCAAUAUGGAGAAUAGGCAAGAAGAUGAGAUUUGGUUGAACUAUGUGAACUUUGUGGAUAAUAUUGUAUAUGAGAACAUAUUGAAGACGGUAGGUGUUAGCGUAGGCUAUCUAGCAGAAAAUAUGGAUGCCGACAACAAUUGUGCGCCACUUUUCGAAUCUCGCUUGGAAUUAGUCGAGCCGAAUUUAGUAUUUGUGCCUUCGCUUGAUCCCGCAGAUCCGAUGGGUUUUAACAACAUGUUGAUAGAGCUGAUGCGCGACAUAAUGAAAAUGGCUACGCUGAUAAAGCGGUUGAAGAAAAAUGAAAAACGUAAUUAUGGUGAUAUGGUUAAGGAAAACCAGGACAUCAUUGAUAUGCGUCGCGAGAUUUUGAAUGGCGUCGAUCGCGUUAUGGAGGAAGCGUCGCUCUUCUGUCGCCAAUUCGAGCGUUACUCUUACCUUUGGCUCGACGAUCGACAAGAAUGCAUGGAAUAUUUCCUAGAGUAUGGACGCAUAUUGGAUGUGGAGGAAAUUGAUUUGGUGCUGAUGAAAGAACCGGGCGCACCGGAGCCAUGUGCGCCCACCAUCGAGGCUUUCCGCGAACAAAUCGACAACUACGAAUCGUUGUUUAAUGAAAUCGAAGAUAUUGCGCCAUUUCAAAUUUUCAAUGCCUGGUUUCAAGUCGAUGUGCGCCCCUUUAGACAAGCGCUGUUGAAUACAGUUUGCAAGUGGGGCAAUAUGUUUAAAGAGCAUCUGGUGAACACCGUCACGAAUAAUCUAAUGGAUUUGAGUGGUUUUAUACGGAAGGCAGACGAAGGUCUGCUGCAGACUGUUAAGGAGGGCGAUUACGCUGGACUCGUCAGCAUUAUGGCUUUUCUGAUGCAGGUUAAGGAGCGCGCUGUUAAGACGGACAACAUGUUCGAACCCAUGCAAGAGACCAUACAGCUGCUGAAAUACUUCGACAUGGACAUACCGGAGGAGGUAAAUGUUCUGCUGCAAGAGCUGCCCGAGCAAUGGGUCAACACGAAGAAGAUUGCGAUGACCGUGAAGCAACAGGUGUCGCCCUUGCAGGCUACCGAAGUGGUGCGCAUACGCAAUAAGGUUGCCGAGUUUGAGACGCACACUCAGCUAUUCCGGGACAUCUUCAAACAUUAUAAAUUCUUCCGAUUUGAUUGUCACCAGCCCUAUUUGCUGAUUGAUCGCAUAAACGAUGACAUACAUCGGCUGGAAUGCGAAAUGCGCGACAUACAGGAGUCGGGUAGUCUGUUCGAGGUUAAUAUACCCGAGUUUAAGGCAUUGAAGCAAUGCCGCAAGGAGUUGCGUAUGUUGAAGCAACUUUGGGAUUAUGUAUACAUCGUACAGACCUGCAUCGAAGAUUGGAAGACAACACCUUGGCGCAAAGUUGAUGUUGAAAAUAUGGAUAUUGAGUGCAAAAAAUUUGCCAAAGAUAUACGUCUACUAGACAAAGAGAUGCGCGCCUGGGAUACAUUUGUUAAUUUAGAAUCAACCGUAAAGAAUAUGUUGACUUCGCUGAGAGCUGUGGGCGAAUUACAAAAUCCAGCUAUACGCGAACGUCACUGGAAUCAGCUAAUGAAUUCCACUAAGAGUCUAGCCGCAUUACCGAAGGAUAUUACGGUGAAAUUUAUUAUGGAUCAUGAAACUACACUCGCCGAACUUUUGGGUCUCAAUCUGCAUGAGUGCGAGGAAGAGGUCAAAAAUAUCGUCGAUAAGGCGGUGAAGGAAAUGUCGAUGGAGAAAAUUUUACGUGACUUGCACACCACUUGGUCUGCGAUGGAAUUCGAUCAUGAACUGCAUCCACGCACCGGCUGUAAUCUCCUCAAGGCAUCGGAGGAACUCAUAGAGACUCUCGAAGAUAAUCAGGUCUGCUUACAAAAUCUGAUAACAUCGAAGUACAUUGCGCACUUCCUUGAGGAGGUGUCAACAUGGCAGAGCAAACUGAUGGUCGCCGAUCAGGUGAUCACCGUCUGGUUUGAGGUGCAACGCACUUGGACCCAUCUCGAAAGUAUCUUCAUGAGUUCCGAAGACAUACGCAAGCAAUUGCCAGUCGACUCGGAUCGUUUCGAUCGCAUCGACGCUGAAUUUCGUAUACUAAUGGACGAGAUGUCUGUAUCGUCGAAUGUUGUGGCAUCGACAAAUCGACCCGGGUUGAUCGAACGCUUGGAACACCUGCAGAAGGAGCUUACAUUGUGCGAGAAGGCGCUGGCAGAGUAUUUGGAAACGAAACGUUUAGCUUUUCCUCGUUUUUACUUUGUAUCAUCGGCCGAUCUACUCGAUGUGCUGAGCAAUGGCAUUCAGCCAGAUAUGGUCACCAAACAUUUGACCAAGCUGUUUGAUUCUAUAGCACGCUUAAAAUUUAAUCGCGACGAGUCGAACGAAAUCGACACAGCUUCGGGUAUGUAUGCCAAAGAUGGUGAAUAUGUGGAAUUCAAUGAGUUGGCGAGUAUACGCGGACCGGUGGAGGUUUGGCUGAAUCGCAUCCAGGCGGCCAUGCGUGCCUCGCUACGUCAUUACGUUUCCGAAGCUGUGGUCGCGUAUGAGGAAAAGCAACGUGAACAAUGGUUAUUCGACUAUCCUGCACAGGUGUCGCUCUGUGGAUCGCAAAUCUGGUGGUCCACUGAGGUGAACAUUGCCUUCGGUCGUUUGGAGGAAGGUUACGAUAAUGCCAUCAAGGACUACUACAAGAAGCAGAUCUCUCAGUUGAGCUUGCUCAUCACACUAUUACUGGGUGAGCUGACCAAGGGAGAUCGCCAAAAGAUCAUGACUAUUUGCACAAUUGAUGUGCAUUCGCGCGAUGUGGUCGCCAAAAUGAUCCAAGCCAAGCUGGAUUCGGGUUCGGCGUUUAUGUGGCAAUCACAAUUGCGACAUCGCUACGACGAAGGUGAAAAGGAUUGUUUUGCAAACAUUUGCGACGCAGAGUUUCAGUAUUCGCAUGAAUAUUUGGGUAACACACCACGUUUGGUCAUUACACCACUUACUGAUCGUUGUUACAUUACGCUGACGCAGUCGCUGCAUUUGAUUAUGGGUGGUGGCCCAGCUGGACCAGCAGGUACGGGUAAAACCGAAACCACCAAGGAUUUAGGACGGGCGCUGGGCAUUAUGGUGUACGUCUUCAACUGUUCCGAACAAAUGGACUAUCAGUCGUGUGGUAAUAUUUACAAAGGAUUAGCGCAAACUGGUGCCUGGGGCUGCUUCGAUGAAUUCAACCGCAUCACAGUGGAGGUGCUCUCCGUGGUGGCGGUACAAGUGAAAUCUGUACAAGAUGCGAUACGCGACAAGAAAGAGAAGUUCAAUUUUAUGGGUGAAAUGAUCAGUUGUGUGCCCACAGUGGGUAUAUUCAUUACCAUGAACCCAGGCUAUGCUGGUCGCACAGAGUUGCCGGAAAAUCUGAAAGCACUAUUUAGGCCUUGCGCUAUGGUAGUGCCGGACUUUGAGCUAAUUUGUGAAAUAAUGUUGGUGGCUGAGGGUUUUCAAGAUGCCCGCGUGUUGGCUAGAAAGUUCAUAACACUCUAUACACUAUGCAAGGAGUUGCUCUCCAAGCAGGAUCACUACGACUGGGGACUGAGGGCAAUUAAGUCGGUGCUGGUCGUUGCCGGGUCGUUGAAGCGCGGCGAUCCUGGUCGUCCCGAGGAGGAGGUGCUCAUGCGCGCCUUGCGUGACUUUAAUAUACCCAAAAUCGUCACAGAUGAUAUGCCUGUCUUUAUGGGUCUCAUAAGCGAUCUAUUUCCCGCUUUGGAUGUACCACGAAAACGCGAUCAAGAUUUCGAACGUACGGUUAAGCAGGCCGCUUCCGAUUUGCUACUACAACCAGAAGACAAUUUCAUAUUGAAAGUGGUACAGUUGGAGGAGUUGCUAGAAGUGCGCCAUUCCGUUUUUAUUGUCGGCAAUGCCGGUACUGGCAAGACACAAGUGUGGAAAACACUAUUGCGCACCUAUCAGAAUAUCAAAAGAAAACCAAUUUUUAACGAUUUAAAUCCAAAAGCUGUGACCAACGAUGAACUCUUCGGUAUCAUCAAUCCGGCGACACGUGAAUGGAAGGAUGGCUUGUUUUCUGUGAUAAUGCGAGAUCAAGCAAACAUAACGGGUGAUCAGCCCAAAUGGAUUGUGCUCGAUGGCGAUAUCGAUCCCAUGUGGAUUGAAAGCUUGAAUACCGUUAUGGACGAUAACAAAGUCUUAACUUUGGCCAGUAACGAGCGCAUUGCGCUGACGCCUUCGAUGCGCUUGCUUUUUGAGAUUUCCAAUUUGAGAACAGCCACUCCAGCGACAGUCUCCAGGGCGGGUAUACUCUAUAUAAAUCCGCAAGAUUUGGGUUGGAAUCCUUAUGUCAGCAGUUGGGUGGAAACGCGCAAGAUACCAUCCGAGAAGUCUAACUUAGUCAUGUUAUUCGAUAAAUAUAUUCCAGCCUCACUGGAAACGAUACGCACACGCUUCAAGAAAAUCACGCCUAUCGCCGAAAUGGCACACAUACAAAUGUUAUGUCACUUGUUGGAAUGUUUCUUGACGCCUACGAACACACCAGCCGAUUGUCCAAAAGAAUGGCACGAACUGUAUUUCGUUUUUGCUUGUGUUUGGGCAUUCGGAUCGGCUAUGUUCCAGGAUCAAGCGAUCGACUAUCGAGUCGAAUUCAGCAAAUGGUGGGUAAAUGAGUUCAAAACUGUUAAGUUUCCGCAAGGUGGCACCGUCUUUGACUACUUUCUUGAUACCGAAACCAAAACUUUCCUCCCCUGGACCGAAAAAAUACCAAAGUUCGAAUUAGAGUCCGAUCUACCGCUGCAAGCAGUGUUGGUGCAUACCUCUGAAUCGAUACGCGUACGCUUCUUCCUCGAACUACUUAUGAAUAUGCGACAUCCCGUCAUGUUGGUUGGUACCGCCGGUUGUGGUAAAACGGUACUCGUCAAUGAAAAACUACAGGCACUCAAUGAGAAUUAUGCGGUCACUACGAUACCAUUCAACUACUACACUACCUCAGAAAUGCUGCAGAAGAUAUUGGAGAAGCCACUGGAGAAGAAAGCGGGCCGCAACUAUGGCCCACCAGGUAAUAAGACGCUCAUCUAUUACAUUGACGACAUGAAUAUGCCGGAAGUAGACUGCUACGGUACGGUACAACCGCACACUAUUAUUCGUCAACAUUUGGACUAUGGACAUUGGUAUGAUCGCAACAAGUUGUCGUUGAAGGAUAUACACAAUUGUCAGUAUGUGGCAUGCAUGAAUCCAACAGCUGGUAGUUUUACCGUCAAUCCACGUCUCCAGCGGCAUUUCUGUGUGUUGGCUGUGAGCUUUCCAAGUGGUGAUUCGAUCACAUCGAUCUUUGCAACGAUCUUGUCACAGCAUUUUGCAAAUGCUGAACAAAAGUUUAAUCCGAUAGUGACGCGCAUGACAUCUAACAUUGUUGCCGCAACACUGGCGCUGCAUAACAAAGCUACACAAAUAUUCUUACCAACGGCCAUAAAGUCGCAUUACAUCUUCAAUUUGAGAGACAUUAGCAACGUGUUUCAGGGCCUCCUAUUUAGCACAGCCGAUUGUUUAACAAGUUCAUCUGAUCUCAUACGGCUAUGGCAACAUGAGACCCAACGCGUUUAUGGUGAUAAGCUGAUUGACGAAAAAGACAUCGAUAGUUUUACCAAGAUGCAGCAUGAUAUUGUGAAGAAGUCUUUCGAGGAGAUUGACGAGUCAGUGAUAUUUGAUAAACCCAACAUAUACUGUCAUUUCGCUGGAGGAAUUGGUGAACCCAAGUACAUGCCCGUCAUGGGCUGGACUGAGCUUCACAAACUCCUUCAGGAAGCAAUGGCAUCGUACAAUGAUCUCGUGGCGGCUAUGAAUUUAGUGCUCUUCGAGGAUGCCAUGAUGCAUGUGUGCAGAAUAAAUCGCAUAUUAGAGUCACCGCGAGGCAGCGCGCUGCUGGUCGGUGUCGGUGGCAGUGGUAAGCAGUCAUUAUCACGCUUAGCCGCUUUCAUAUCCAGCUUGGAAGUGGUACAAAUACAACUCAAAAAGGGUUAUGGCAUUAAUGAUUUGAAGAAUGAAUUUUCCGGUUUGUAUCUGAAAGCCGGUUUAAAGAAUGUCGGCAUAAUGUUCCUCAUGACCGAUGCACAAAUACCCAGCGAGGAUUUUUUGGUGCUCAUCAAUGACAUGCUCUCUACUGGUGAGAUUCCCGAUCUCUUCCCAGAUGAUGAAAUCGAAAACAUUAUCGCAGGCGUGCGAAACGAAGUGAAAGGCGCUGGAAUGGUAGACUCACGCGAGAAUUGUUGGAAAUUCUUUAUAGAUCGCGUACGCAAGCAAUUGAAGAUUGUGCUCUGUUUUUCGCCCGUUGGCUCGACGUUGCGCGUGCGUUCACGUAAAUUUCCCGCAAUCAUAAAUGCCACGUCCAUCAAUUGGUUCCAUGAAUGGCCACAAGAAGCGCUUAUUUCGGUGGCAAUGAACUUUUUGUCCCUGAAUAAAGUCUUACCCGAGACUCAUCGUGACUCCGUGGCUAAAUUUAUGGCUUAUGUGCACACCUCAGUAAAUGCCACCUCGAAGGUUUACCUACAAACCGAGCGUCGCUACAAUUACACGACACCGAAGAGCUAUCUGGAGCAGAUUAGUCUCUACUUGAAAUUAUUGAAUCACAAACACGACGACUUACAAAGUAAGAUCGUACGAUUGGAGAAUGGUUUGGAGAAGUUGCGUUCCACGGCUGUGCAAGUGGCAGAUUUAAAAGUGAAGUUAGCUGUACAAGAAGUAGAAUUGAAGGAGAAAAAUGAAGCUGCCGACGCGCUCAUCGAAAUCGUUGGCAUCGAAACGGAAAAGGUGCAAACCGAGAAGGCGGUUGCCGAUGAGGAGGAGAUGAAGGUGGCGCUUAUAGCCGACGAGGUUAGCAAAAAACAGAAAGACUGUGAAGAGGAUUUGCUGAAAGCAGAGCCUGCUUUGACUGCAGCGCAGGAAGCGCUCAACACCCUAAACAAGGCAAAUUUAACCGAGCUCAAGUCGUUCGGCUCACCACCUGGCGCCGUGACUAAUGUAACCGCAGCGGUCAUGGUGCUGCUGGCACCUGGUGGCAAACUACCCAAGGAUCGUUCAUGGAAAGCGGCUAAAAUAUCGAUGGCCAAGGUUGAUGCAUUCCUUGACGCUCUCAUCAAUUACGACAAAGAAAAUAUCCAUCCGGAAAUUAUAAAAGCCAUACAACCGUAUUUAAAAGAUCCCGAAUUCGAGCCGGAAUUCGUACGCUCCAAGUCGGGCGCUGCAGCGGGUCUCUGCGCUUGGGUCAUAAACAUUAUCAAAUUCUACGAGGUAUACUGCGAUGUAGAGCCAAAACGUAAGGCACUGGCAGCAGCAAAUGCUGAGUUGGCUGCAGCUCAGGAGAAGUUAUCGGGCAUUAAGCGAAAAGUUGCGAACCUCGAGGAACAACUGGCAAAGCUAACAGCUGACUUCGAACAGGCCACUGCUGAUAAGUUACGCUGUCAACAGGAAGCUGAUGCAACGCAAGCCACAAUUGCGCUCGCCAAUCGGCUGGUUAAUGGGUUAGCUAGCGAGAAUGUGCGCUGGGCCGAAGCGGUGAAUAGCUUUGUGAAACAAGGCAUUACCUUGCCCGGCGACAUUCUGCUCAUUACCGCCUUCAUCUCAUAUGUGGGCUGCUUUACCAAACAGUUUCGCAUUGAUCUAUUGCAAAAGAUGUGGACACCAUUUUUGAAAAGCAUCGAUCCACCCAUACCAACUACUGAGAAUUUAGAUCCACUGUCAUUGCUAACAGACGAUACUACAAUUGCCAUAUGGACCAAUGAGGGUUUGCCAAGCGACCGUAUGUCCAUUGAGAAUGCUACGAUCCUGUCGAAUUCGGAUCGUUGGCCGCUAAUGAUCGAUCCACAGCUUCAAGGCGUCAAGUGGAUUAAACAAAAAUAUGGUGAAGAAUUAAAAGUGAUACGUUUGGGUCAACGCAGCUACUUGGAUAUUAUAGAAUUAGCUAUAACUAAGGGUUGCAUAGUGCUUAUCGAAAAUAUAGAUGAGAACUUGGAUCCAGUGCUGGAUUCACUGCUUGGCAGAAAUCUAAUAAAGAAGGGCAAGGCCAUCAAAAUUGGUGAUAAGGAAAUCGAGUAUAACUCAAACUUCCGCUUAAUAUUGCACACAAAAUUAGCAAACCCCCAUUACAAGCCAGAAAUGCAGGCUCAAAGUACUUUGAUUAACUUUACCGUCACACGCGAUGGUCUGGAGGAUCAAUUGUUGGCCGAAGUUGUGAAGGCAGAACGUCCUGAUCUGGAAGAACUUAAAGCCGAAUUAACAAAGCAACAAAAUGAUUUCAAAAUUAUGCUGAAAAAACUUGAAGAUGAUCUGCUUUCAAGAUUAUCUUCAGCAGGUGAAAAUAUUUUGGGUGAUACAGCGCUCGUGGAAAAUUUAGAAACCACUAAGAGUACAGCAUCUGAUAUCGAGCAGAAGGUAGCUGAAGCUAAGAUAACUUCAAAGGAAAUCGAUAAGGCUCGCGAAUAUUAUCGUCCAGCAGCGGCUAGAGCAAGUUUACUCUACUUCAUACUAAACGAACUCAAUACAAUUAAUCCAAUCUAUCAAUUCUCGCUUAAGGCUUUUAGUGUAGUUUUCCAAAAGGCCAUUGCACGCGCUGAUCCCGGCGAAACUUUAGAUGCACGUGUUUCUAAUCUAAUCGAUUGUAUAAGUUAUUCCGUAUUUCAAUACACUUCGAGAGGUCUAUUCGAAUGCGAUAAGCUCAUAUUCGCAUCGCAAAUGGCGUUUCAGAUACUUUUGAUGAACGAGGAGAUUACAUCUACGGAACUGGACUUUUUACUCCGCUUCCCGAUUAAACCGCACGUCACAAGUCCCGUGGACUUUCUAUCUAACCAAUCGUGGGGCGGAAUAUGCAGUCUAGCGUCUAAAGAUGAAUUCCGUAACCUCGAUCGUGAUAUAGAAACUUCGUCAAAACGCUGGAAGAAGCUGGUGGAGUCCGAGGCGCCUGAAAAGGAGAAAUUCCCGCAGGAAUGGAAGAACAAGACGGCGCUGCAGCGACUCUGCAUGAUACGUGCACUCAGACCAGAUCGCAUGACCUAUGCGCUGGCCGAUUUCAUAGCUGAAAAACUUGGCAACAAAUAUGUGGAGAGUCGCGCAAUGGAAUUCUCCAAGUCCUUUGAGGAGACCAGUCCUUCUACACCCAUAUUCUUUAUAUUAUCGCCGGGUGUAAACCCGUUGAAGGACGUUGAGGCGCUUGGCAAGCUAAUGGGUUUCACCAUGGAUCUGGGUAAUUUUCACAACGUUUCGCUGGGUCAGGGUCAAGAGGUUAUUGCCGAGGCUGCUAUGGAUACGGCAGCCAAAAAUGGUCACUGGGUUGUAUUACAAAAUAUACAUUUGGUGCGUAAAUGGUUACCAGUAUUGGAAAAGAAAUUGGAAUUCUAUGCAGAAGGAUCGCAUCCAGAUUAUCGCAUGUUCUUAAGUGCCGAACCGGCUUCGUCACCCUCAGCGCACAUUAUACCACAGGGCAUACUAGAGUCCUCCAUUAAAAUCACCAAUGAACCGCCGACAGGAAUGUUGGCCAAUCUGCACAAAGCACUUGACAACUUUACACAGGAAACACUGGAAAUGUCUGGCAAAGAGGCCGAAUUUAAGGCCAUACUCUUUUCACUCUGCUACUUCCAUGCCGUCGUAGCUGAGCGGCGCAAAUUCGGGCCACAAGGCUGGAACAAGAUCUAUCCAUUCAAUGUUGGUGACUUAAACAUUAGCGUUUCGGUGUUGUAUAACUAUCUCGAGGCUAACGCUAAGGUGCCUUGGGAGGAUCUGCGUUAUCUAUUUGGUGAGAUCAUGUACGGCGGCCACAUAACCGACGACUGGGAUCGUCGUUUGUGCAUCACCUAUCUGGAGGAGUACAUGCAACCAGAUCUAGUAGAUGGUGAGCUCUUUUUGGCGCCCGCUUUUGCAGCACCACCAAAUACCGAUUACGCCGGCUAUCACACCUAUGUCGAUGAAAUGAUGCCAGCCGAAUCACCCUACCUGUAUGGCCUACAUCCGAAUGCGGAAAUCGGCUUCCUAACCACGCGCGCUGAGAACAUUUUCCGCACGGUAUUUGAAAUGCAACCACGUGAUGCAGGCGCAAGUGGUGGCGCCACUGUCACCCGAGAGGACAAGGUGAAGCAAAUUGUCGAUGAAAUAAUGGAGAAGUUACCCGAAGAAUUCAAUAUGGUAGAGAUUAUGAACAAGGUGGAGGAACGCACACCCUAUGUGAUUGUGGCAUUUCAGGAGUGCGAGCGCAUGAAUUAUCUGACAAGCGAGAUGAAGCGCAGCUUGAAGGAAUUGGAUUUGGGUUUGAAGGGUGAGCUCACCAUCACCUCCGACAUGGAAGUAUUAGAGAAUUCGCUCUUCUUGGAUCAAGUGCCACCAGUGUGGACGCAGCGCGCAUAUCCAUCACUACUGGGCUUGAAUUCAUGGUUCAUUGAUCUGUGUUUGCGGUUACGUGAAUUGGAAACAUGGUCCACUGAUUUUGUGCUUCCUUCCUGUGUUUGGCUGGCCGGGUUUUUCAAUCCACAAUCGUUGCUCACCGCAAUUAUGCAGAGCACUGCACGCCGCAACGAAUUGCCGUUGGAUAAAAUGUGCCUGCAAUGUGAUGUGACCAAAAAGCAAAAGGAGGAUUUCACCACGGCACCACGCGAAGGCGCUUACGUUCAUGGUAUAUUUAUGGAAGGCGCCAGAUGGGAUAUACAGCAGGGAAUUAUCAUGGAAUCGCGACUGAAAGAGCUCUAUCCUCCAUUGCCAGUCAUCAAUAUACGGGCCAUUACACAGGAUAAACAAGAUUUGCGCAACAUGUACGAAUGUCCUUUGUAUAAGACGCGCACUCGCGGUCCCACUUAUGUUUGGACCUUUAACCUAAAAACCAAGGAUAAGCCUGGCAAAUGGACACUAGCUGGCGUUGCUUUACUGCUACAAACAUGAAUCAUUUUAUCUUA